AUGAUCUGUUCAAGUGAAGGAACGAUCUUAAUCGCUAGAGAACAAAAUUCAAUCCCCAGAUUAAACGUUAGAGGAUCUUCUUCUCCCCCAAAUCACGCGAAUCGAAUCCCGAAAAACCUUCCGAUCAUCGUCACAACUUACCGGCGAUCAUCGUCAUCGUCAAUGGCGGUGGAAACAAUGUCAGAUUCAUCAUCAACUUUGAUUUUAACGUCAGGAGCUAGCGGUCGCGUCAGGGCGCUUUUCUCGAUGCGGGAGCUCAAACGCCUCGUGGCGAUCAUCCAAUCGCUGAUUCUCUUCCUCCUCCUCCCGUUUCGCGUCGUCGUUUGGCGGCGGAGGACAGGAGCGGUGGUGAUCAGAGAGGAUAAACAGGAGAGGAAGGUCUGGGUUACGCCGCAGAUCGUGGUGAGGAAGAGGAACGGUACCGGAGAGAGCGGUGCGAGCGGGUGCAGCGUUUCGGUUUCGCCUCCGUCGGUUCCGGCGGCGGUUGUGGAUGAGGAGGUUGCGGUUAGAAGGGAGCUCGCGAUCAGGCGGGUUUUGGAGGAUGACGGCGGCGAUGGAAGCUCCGUGAGAGUUUUUUCGCUUUUCGCGACGAAGAGAGGCGAUACGUUGUUUACUCAGUCAUGGUCACCGGUUUCACCGAAUCACAGGGGACUUGUUGUUCUAUUACAUGGAUUAAACGAGCACAGUGGGAGGUAUAGCGAUUUUGCAAAGCAGCUAAAUGCUAAUGGGUUCAAGGUCUAUGGAAUUGAUUGGAUAGGUCACGGUGGAAGCGAUGGACUUCACGCUUAUGUUCCUUCCCUUGACUACGCUGUCUCAGAUUUGAAAUCAUUUCUUGAGAAGGUAUUCGCAGAGAAUCCAGGACUCCCCUGUUUCUGCAUUGGACACUCUACAGGAGGAGCAAUCAUCCUCAAGGCUAUGCUGGAUCCAAAGAUUGAAUCUCGAGUUUCAGGCAUUGUAUUGACUUCACCAGCUGUUGGAGUCCAACCAUCCCAUCCAAUCUUCACUGUUCUUGCUCCAAUCGUUGCGUUUCUCUUGCCAAGGUACCAAUUCAGUGCAGCGAACAAGAAAGGCAUGCCGGUUUCUCGAGAUCCGCAAGCUCUCGUCACCAAAUACUCUGACCCUUUAGUCUUCACCGGAUCCAUCAGGGUCAAAACCGGCUACGAGAUCCUCAGAAUCGCUUCUCACUUGCAGCAAAACCUGAACAAAGUGAAAGUUCCUUUUCUUGUCAUGCACGGCACAGCUGACACAGUGACUGAUCCCAACGCCUCUAAGAGGCUCUACGACGAAGCUUCUUCGUCAGACAAAUCGAUCAAGCUCUUCGACGGGUUGUUGCACGAUCUCCUCUUCGAACCUGAGAGAGAAAUCAUCGCUGGAGACAUAGUAGAUUGGCUAAACCAGCGGGUUUAG